UCCGCGCGUGGCAGCAGAGUUUUGGCCGGGCACUUCGCUGCAUUUCAGAGGCUUUUUCUACCACACGCGUGUGACCGCCAUAUCUAAAAACCGGGAUGCGCGCGUUAUAGCACUGGUUCUUCAAUCUGUGAUUUGCGAGGAAUCGGAGAUGGGGAGACGUCCUAGCGCGCUCACGCCGGAGGAACAAGCGGAGAGGCGCCGACAACAGAGGCGCGAAUACAGCCAGCGACAGCGGGACCGUGCAAAAGCGGAGACAUUGGCGGACAAUGCACCCAAAGACCCCGAGGAACGUCGCCUCAGUCAGAUGCGAGAAUAUAGCCGACGACGUCGUGCCCAACUUGCCGAUGAAGAUCGUGCACAGGGAGCCACUCGUGAGCGUCAAGCGCAGGCGUCCGAGGCCGUGUCCAAGCGAGAGAAACCUUUUGCUGAUGUUUGUUGUGCCAACGAAGAUCUAGCCUGUCCCUGCACCAUUGACAACAAACAGCCACAAGUGCCGAUUGCUGCUGGUCGGCUCAGUCCACAAUUUGGCCUCACAAAUGCGGUGAACCUAGAUGGGAGUAUCACCGCCAUAACGGCUUGCCCCGGCCCUUCCGAGGCCAUCGGUCAGGUUGAGGUUGGCACGCAGUGCAGCUUCCCUCUGGCUGACAAGUCUGUUGGGUGCUCCUUCAAAGCAGGCAGCGAGUCGAGGAGCGUGCAGACCACAGAGACUGUGGAUCAGUCAAGCUACGCCUCAGCAUCGAGGCCUUCUGUUUCUCCAUCAGCAGCCAAUGGUGACAAUUCACAGCAGGGAUGCCUCCGCCAAGAUAAUCUCCCCGACUGUGACGCUGCAUCCAGGCCUUCUAUUUCUUCAUCAACAGCCAAUGGUCACAAUUCACCGCGGGAACUCCUCUGCCAAGAUAAUCUCUGUGACAAUGAAGCUGAUAAACUGUUUUGUCUGGAAGCACAUGCCAGGGUCUGUACUGGCGAGUAUCCUUUUAAGUGCCAUUUAUGCCCUAAGAGCUUCUCCAAAAGAGACAAUCUAAAGAGGCACUUGUGUGUCCAUAUGGGCAAGCGACCAUUUCAAUGUCCUUUAUGCCUUCGAAGAUUCCCGCAAAAAUCCAAGGUCAAGGAACACCUGCGCACCCACACAGGCGAGAAGCCAUUUCAGUGCCCUUCAUGCCCUCAGAGCUUCGCAUUAAAGUCCAACCUGAAAGUCCACCUGCGCACGCACACAGGCGAGAAGCCAUGGCAGUGCCCUUCAUGCCUUCAGAGCUUCUCGAAUAAGUCCAACAUGAAAGUCCACCUGCGCACCCACACAGGCGAGAAGCCAUUUCAAUGCCCUUCAUGCCUUCAGAGCUUUGCAUUAAAGGACACCCUGAAAGUCCACCUGCGCAUGCACACAGGUGAGAAGCCAUUUCAAUGCCCUUCAUGCCCUCAAAGCUUCUUGCGAAAGACUGGCCUGAAAACCCACCUGCUCAUCCACACGGGUGAGAAGCCAUUUCAGUGCCCUUCAUGCCCUCAAAGCUUCUUGCGAAAGCCUGGCCUGAAAACCCACCUGCUCAUCCACACGGGUGAGAAGCCAUUUCAGUGCCCUUCAUGCCCUCGGUGCUUUGCAGUAAAGAGCCGCUUAAAAGUCCACCUGCGCACCCACACAGGUGAGAAGCCAUUUCAAUGCCCUUCAUGCCCUCGAUGUUUCUCAAAUAAGUACACCAUGAAAGACCACCUAAGCACCCACACAGGCGAGAAGCCAUUUCAGUGCCCUUCAUGCCCUCAGUGCUUCGCUUUAAAGGCCAACCUGAAAGUCCACCUGCGAACCCACACAGGUGAGAAGCCAUUUCAGUGCCCUUCAUGCCCUCAGUGCUUCUCAUUAAAGGCCAACCUUAAUGUCCACCUGCGCACCCACACAGGUGAGAAGCCAUUUCAAUGCCCUUCAUGCCCUCAAAGUUUCUCGCGUAAGUCCAGCAUGAAAGACCACCUACGCACCCACACAGGCGAGAAGCCAUUUCAAUGCCCUUCAUGCCCUCAAAGCUUCUCACAUAAAUCCAGCAUGAAAAACCACUUGCGCACCCACACAGGUUAGAAGCCGUGGCCGUUCCUUCAUUCUUUCGGAGCUGCUCGUAUAAGUUCAGCAUGAAAGACCACCUGCUAAACCACACGACGAGAAACCAUUUCAAUGCCCUCUAUGUCCUCAGAGGUUCUCAUGAAAGCCAGACCUGAAAGACCACCUGCGCAACCACACCGCAGAGAAGCCAUUUCAGUGCCCUUCAUGCCCUCGGUGCUUCUCAUUAAAGGCCAACCUUAAUGUCCACCUGCGCACCCACACAGGUGAGAAGCCAUUUCAAUGCCCUUCAUGCCCUCAAAGUUUCUCGCGUAAGUCCAGCAUGAAA